AUGAGUUUUGCGAGCGGCCUGGAGGAUAAUAUUUUUGCCGAGGUGGGAGAUCACACUGCCGAGGAGUCCGAUGAAAUUGUACAGACGCCUCCACCUUCUCCAGAUUCUCUUAAAAAAGACUUAGAUAAACCAGGGUGAGUUAUUCGAUUUUUGUUUAUCUAAUCCUUUAGAUUAUUCUCUCUGGCACAAGUUCAGAUCAAAUUGAAUGAAUUAUGGUCUACGACAAGAGAAAGGAUAUUCGGAGAAGACUAUUGGAUUCCUUCGGACAAUUUUGAUGUUGUUGUGUUUCCAUCAGAGUUCUUAAAGACACACAGGACUGUGUAUCCUCCCCAUGCGAAAGAAAAUACUCACAGUGUAACUUUGAAGGUUGUUCAGUGUACAGCCAGGCCGGAUAUUCCCAAUCUGAGAGUACUAAAUCAUGUCGUGUUCACUCAUUAUGUGCAUGGGGAGAAGGAAACUCUCAGUUUGUUCAGGACGGAGGACAUGGGUGAGGCUAUGGAUUUCUGUCGAAGAUGCGAAGAAUGUCGAGCUUUAUUCAAAAUGUUGGGUAUGCAAACGUCUGCUAUUACUGUUUUUAUUAAAUUUUAGGAUUUUCAAAAGACAUUUGCAAACAAAUUAGAGAUCUUACUAACAAAUUGCAAUUCCAUCCGCUCUGGAGGAUGGUUCACAUUGCCAUUGCUUGUGGAAGAAUAGACGUUUUUACCGAUGAUGGCUAUGAGUACCUUCAAAAGAUGGGGUACACUUCUGAUGAGUAAGUUAGUAAGCGUUUUGCUGAACUUGGUUUUUAGUCUUGUAAAGCCUGUGGCAUCCCCCGAGGGUCAAUAUCCAUUGAUGAUGGCAAUUGAAUCAAAUCAACCUGAUAUCGUCAAAUUUCUUAUCAAAAUUGGAGCUGAUAUAACAGCCAGAGACCUCAAUGGAAACAGUUGCUUGCAUUAUGCGGCUCUAGCUUCUACGCAAAUGAUUGAGGUCGGGUUUUAGCUCUUUUUUAAUGCUUUUUUAGAUAGUAUGGUCGUGUCCAGAAGCCAAAGAACUUCUGAAUUGUCUCAAUAAUGAUAGGCUGACUCCAGCCUUGUUGGCCAUCAGAAAUGCGAACCCAUUCUGCUUAAGGCUUUUGAUUAAUUUGGGCGCCGAGAUCAAUCUUCGGAUUGCCGGCAAGAAUCCUUUAUUUGAAGCAGUUCAAAGCAAAGGAAAGACGAUUGAGUAAGAAUAUUUUUGAUUUCUAAUUUUCUUUUUUAGAGUAAUCAAAGCUAUUUUGGAGGCACAACCGGGGAUAAUAAACGAGACGGAGGAAGCUAGUGGUAAUAAUGUUUUGCACUCGGCCAUGUACAAAAUGCCCCUGCUGGGUCUUCUCAACCUUCGUCAUAAAGAAUUGGAUCUGAAUGCAAAGAACAAAGCCGGGCUGACCCCUUUACAUAUGUAUUGUUCUCGUGGUGACGUCGGGAUGAUUAUUACAAUCGUGUCUUAUGGGUGUGAUCUGAAUGCACAGGAUCGAAAUGGAAACACAGCGUUACAUGUGGCGGUUUCUAAAAGCAGAAUUACGAUAACUAGAUUGUUGCUGUCCUUGGGGGCUGAUCCAAAUGUAAUUAAUAAUCACGGAGACAGCGCUAGACAUUUGGCGGCAAAAUUAAAUGAGUAAGUUGAAUAUUUAUUCGAUUUUACUUGUUAGUGAGGAAAUGUUGAGGACCUUAGUGAUUUGUGGAGCCAAAAGGUGUCCCCAUUCAAAAUCUGGAUGUGUUUCUGGCUGCGUGAACGAGAGAUCUGUCAGGUUUUUAUCCCGGUCGAGUGUCUCAUCUGAGAACACAGUAGCGCCAAGCCCACGAUCUUUGGCCACCAUUGAAAAGAUCGAAAACCGAGAUGAACAAGUAGAUCACCCUUGGAAUAAAAUUCAUGACAAAGAGCAUCAGGUGAGUAUUUUUAAAGAUUAUUUUCAUUUCUAGGCGAUUUUUGAUGAGGUUAUAUCGAAAUUAAAUGGUAUGAUAAAAGCCAAGGAACAAAACAAAAGGAAGAUCGCUAUCCUAAGUUUGGAUGGAGGGGGAAUUCGAGGGCUGGUUAUUGUACAGGUACGUCAAGAAAUAGUUUAUUGUAAUUGUCAUUGUAGAUACUACUAGAAAUGGAGAGAGUCAUGGGAGAACCCAUCUUCCCAUACUUUGAUUGGAUUGCGGGAACUUCUACUGGUGGCCUUGUUGCAGCUGGUCUCUGUCAAGGUAAUGAUAUAAGUCAAUGGUGCUUAACAAAUUUUUGGGGUUUUUUAAAGAAAGGGUUAGAAUUGAAUGCUGACAAAAAACUGUGAGGUUCCGACAUUGGCAUGCUCAAAAUUUUCGUAGGAAGGCGAUUUGCAUGCGUUUGGGUUUCUGGUUUUCCCGCAUGUCCGAAAAGAUGUCCCGUCUUCAAUUCCGAUCGCUCGUUCGUGGCGUUUUUUCAAAAAUUUGUGAAACACCAACUUAUUUAUAUAUUUGACGGUAUUAUCUAUUUUUAGGGAAAACUUUACGCCAAUGUCAAAUGGUAUACCUCAGAUUUAAAGAUUUGAUUUUCGAUGGCUGGGUGAGGCCAUACAAGCCUGUAAUAUUGGAGACUUUUAUAAAAGUGGAGAUGGGAGAGGAGACCCUGAUGUCAGAUUUGAUACAUCCAAGGUUGGUUUGGGCUCAUUUCGAUCGUUUAUUUUUAGGCUGAUGUUUACGACAACCAGAGCUGACGUGUUUCCGGUGCAACUGGAAUAUAUGCGGAAUUAUAGGCUGCCCUUAAGUGAUGAAGAUAACGAGGAAUUGGGAUAUACAAACCCAAAGGGAUUACAUCUGUGGAGAGCGUUGCGUAGAACUUCAGCAGCUCCAACAUACUUUUCUUGUGCCGAUAACAAGUAUAUUGAUGGAGGUCUGAUUUCAAAUAACCCAACCUUGGAUUUGAUGGGAGAAAUUCAGACUUGGAACACAAUGUGUAAACAUCAGGUAAAGAUUUUUUGAAUAAAAAUGUGCGUAUUUACAGAAAAGAGAUUCAGAAGUAGAAGUCGGAUGCAUUUUGAGUAUCGGGACUGGCGUCAUCCCCACUAUCCCCAUGGAUGCAAACCAGUUAGAUUUGUCCAGUAAUCCGUAUUCUUCUGCUGUGGCCAUCAAAAACUUGGGAAUAAUCUUGGUCGAUCAGGUAAAAACCUUUCGUAAGAUUUUUCGUGCUUCUAAUGUGUUUAUGACAAAGUUUGUCUUACUACUUGUUUUUAUUGCAGGUGACAGCAACGGAAGGAGCUCCCGUUACUAGAGCGUCUUCCUGGGCCAUCAAUCAGAGGGUGCCUUAUUUUAGAUUCUCCUCUCCCCUCUUCAAAGACAUCGCUAUGGACACUACUGAUGAUUUAGUUUUGGCUAGAAUGAUGUGGGAUGCCAUGGAAUAUAUGUACAGACACCACAGUUACAUCGAGAAACUCUGCACUUUACUUAAAAAGUUGGGUCCUGCUGUGAACAGGAAGAGAUUAUUCUUAAGUGAAGAAGAAGAAGCUCAAGCUUUAAAGGAUAUUGAGGCGAGGAAGAGGGAAAGAGAAGGUAAAGACAUCAAAGAGGCACCACCAAUGGAACAUGAUGAAGAUAAUUGCAUCAAAGAAGAAAAUGAAAUAAGAGAAGAUGUAAAUGAAGACGGGCCAGAUGGCAAGGAUGCUGUAGAGAAGGUACAGGAAGCUGUAGAAAAGAAAAAGGAAGAAGACAGGAUUGAAGAAGAAUCUCCAGAAAGUUUGGAAAAAUAUGAUGAAGCCUUUGAAGAGAGGGCAGGUACUGAUAAACUUCAGGAUGCUUAAGAAGUGAAGUCCAUGUGAUUACUCCUCAGUUCAGACUAUUUGGCUAAUUGAUCACAAAGUGGUUAUUUUUAUUGUCUACGAUCUCUAAACUCUGUGUUGCUUAUGUUUUACCCGAACGUUUUUAUACCGUUUUUUACCGAACUUAUAUUGUCCAUCUUGUAAAUAGAGGUCCUUUCAAAACAUAACAAUGUAAAAUAAAUGUACAGCGACGUUAAUUUCCUUGGAAUAUCAUUGGCAAAGCGCCGGGCGCCCUCCGAGGAACAGCUGGGUUUAUUUCUAUCUAAAGGACACCCGCACAAUAAGGCUCUUCUCGGCUAAAUACUUAUUCAUCAGGUCGGGUGAGAAAAGAAGAGGGAAGAACCUCAGGUAAGCUGAUCUCGUUUCUGGAUUUGAGACCCAAAUCUAUUGUUUCUUCUCACUUUUUAAAGCGUAACUGCGUCAAAUGCCAAUUGACUCAUUAAUUUGCUCUUUAUAUAGACCUUACGGAGAUGGGCACUCUUCAAGAGUGAGAUCUUUCCCACCACUUAUGACAUUGUUUGUGAACACAUGUGCCGCUGGGCUUUGAAAGUUGGCAUCCGUGUCCGCAGGGCUUAAAAUAUAAACAUUUCAGAAGGUCAGAGAUGGACGACUGCAACGACUCAGAGUUGAGUGAGCGAAGUUCCUCCGUGAUUACCUUUUCUGCUCGGUAAGUGAUGUCUGUGACUUUUUUGCAAAGUUUCAGAGAUAUUCAUGCCCAUUAUGACCAAAUUUUCAUCAAUAAUCUGGUCCUCUUUUUGUCCGAAUCCAAGCCAAAGCAAGACAGAUAUACUGUAGUUGUGAAAUCUACCAAUUCCAAGUGGUAAGUAAUACAAUCACAAUAUUUUUAUAUUUUGCUUCAGGUCAGUCGAGAAAACCAUGUUGGAGUUGUUAGAUUUUGAUGAGCAGAUUCACCACUGUCUCUUCACGCGAACGUACAGCAAUCUCCCUUGUCUUUCCACCGGAUUAUUUGAUAUCGAAAAUCGAAGAAAAGGGCCGAUUGAAGAAAUUACGGUAGCCUUGACGGAAUAUUUUGAUAUUCUCAGCGCUUUGAUUGAGGAGAACAUCAAGAUUUGUAGUUGUUUGAACGUUCUCAACUUCUUUGAGGUAUCUUAAUUUUUAUUCUCCUCGAGAUUAUAUUAUUUUAGACGAAUAAUCAUGGAGAAUAUACAUGCAGCCCAUCUCCCUCAAGUAGCGAGGAUCCUGUUAAGUCCACAAAAAGUUAUUUCUCGCGAAUAAAAAGUUCCUUCAAACAAACUCGACUUAAACACAGUAAAGUUUUCGGCGUUGAUUUGGGAUUACAUAUGCAAAAACACAAUGAGAAGGGUAAGCGAUAUUGAUGACAUUUUGUAUCUUUCAGUGCCUUGUAUCGUCUAUGAUUGCGUCACAUUUAUUGAGAACAACCUUGCCACCGGAAUCUAUCGAAUAUCGAGUGUUUCUUCUCAGAUCAACCAGCUGAAGUAAGGCUGUUAGAGGUUUAAUCCAUUUACAUAUAAAAAAUAAUUCCGGACAUAUAUAUACAUGUAUAUUUCUAACCACCCUUUUAGCUAAUUUGUUAAUUGGGCUACAUGUUUCAAAUUUUAAGGCAAAAAAGAUUUGUGGCAGUUUUUGCAUGCAAUGACUAAGUAUUAUACAUGCCAGGUUUGAAAGUUAUCGAGUUAUCCUCACAUGGGUCGUCAAAAAUUUUUGUCCGGGAGUGUCAUACCUACAGUUAAAUACAAUAGUAAUUAAGUGUUUUGACUUUUUAGAGAAAUGUAUGAUCACAAGAAAUCAUUGCAAUUUGGAUUUGAUAAAUCCACGGACGUGAAUACGGUAGCGUGUCUUUUGAAGAUGUACUUUCGUCUUUUACCGCGCAGAUUAUUAAAUCCUUUGCCAGAGGAUACUGUAAGUUUAAUUAUACAUCUGUAUACCUUAAUUUUAGGGCUUUAUUAAAUCCGAAAAUCUCGAAGAACAGAUCUCAGGCAUCCGUUUAUUCCUCAACACACUCGAUCCUAAUCAUUAUCGGUAAGAAUCUGUUACUGCUUCUAUUAUUUUACAGUACUACUGCAUUCCUGAUGAAACAUUUGAAGCUGAUCUCUGAUAAUAUUGCAUCUACAAAUAUGGAUGCCGCCAAUCUGGCAUUAGUUUGGUCCCCAAAUUUAUUCAAGUAGGUUAAAUGUGAGCAAAAAUAAUUUUGUCGAAGGAUAAAGUCAACUCGAGAUCACAUUAAUAACAUGAAUGGCCAGAAUAAAAGUAUUGAGUUGAUGAUUCGACAUUACACGGAGAUCUUCGAGCUGUUAUCUUUGGGUAAGUGGGCACCUUUAUUUGUCAGAAAGAUUGCAGAUCACACGUUGGAGAAGCAUCAUUCCAAUGAGAAUUCAUAUGGAGUUAUAACGAGUGCUGAAGACGCUGAUUAUUCGCAGAUUAGACAUUGCUCAGGCUUCAGUCCGAGUCCCAUAAAACAAAAGGACAAGAGGUAUGAUUAAAAAUUGUUUAUUUUAGAUUGUAAUUUUUGCAGAGUGAGGUCUGAGGAGCCACCGGCAAGAUCGAUAAUGUCAUCCUUUAAGAGGAAUCUGAAGCAGCUUGGGAAUAAUAUGAAAUCUUCUUUCCGCAAUCUUGUCAAAGUUGGUAAUCAUAGUUCCUGUUCUUUAUCGAGUGGGAGUGUAGAAUAUGUGAGCCAUCAACCGCCUCAACUCGACACUUCAAGUAUAUCGUUGUCCAUGCAAAUGGAGAAGAGGAUCUUUUACAAACUCCAUAUGCCAUCUAAUAAGUGAGUCCAUCGACUAAUGACUAAGAUAACAAUAAUUUUGUCUAGUGAGCGGAACAGUCCUUAUGCUUCGAUCUCCCUAAAUCACGAAGUGCAGGUCCCCAAAGCAGACAUGGAUACAUUUAGCACGGAUUCCCUGCCCUUCGAAGCCAGUCGAUAUGAUAAUUUGGAGAAUAAGAGGCCAGUAUCGGGGUAA